AUGACCAGCUCACUGCCAGGAACCCCCACGCGACCCCAAAAUGACUCGCUCGGCCGCCAGUCAUCAGCGCAUCUCCAGAACAAAGCAGCCGCCCAACCCAGAUCCCAACCAAGGAGGGACGGAGCUGCGAGGGGUCUGGGGACUUGCCAGCCGCCUACGAUCUCGCGGGGAAUCUGCGCCCGCAUCGCUCAGUGGCUGUGGCCCGGCGGGUGGGGUCCAUCGUGCGAACCCACCAGCCUAAACACUAGCAACUCUGGAACGAGUUCCCAGCAAUCAGCGUCACGCCCGCAGCUACACAUCCAGCCCUACGCAAGCGCCUCGCUGGACUGCAAGGCAUGUCGCGAGUGGAAUGUGGUAUGCGACCAUGCCAGGCCGCAGUGCGAACACUGCUAUGAGCAGCAGAUCCUCUGCUUCUAUGUCAAUCCCGGCCAGAAGCCCAACCACAAAGCGCGGAGGCGAGUGGAAAAUAUAGCCGGGGAAGUGGCGACCAUCUCGGAGGAGCGUGCCCAUCCGAUGCCUGAUGUGCGAGCAACGGGGACAGAUUGA